AUUUGCAUUGCCAUUCGGCUUGGGAGAACUUUGACGCAUUACCUCUUCCGCACCUCGGUCGGUGGCAACUGUCAGCAGCACAUUUGGAAAGCUAGAUAUUGUACAGCACAAUGGCGAAGAACAAGCAGAAAGGGAGGGCGGGAAAGAAGCAAAAAGCACAGAAGGCAUUCAGACAACCUCAACGAGAUUACGACGAUGAUGAUUUUGAACAAUCGCCGUUCAAGCCAUUCAAGGGCUUCGCUGGAAGUGCUCCUCCCCGAAACGGCGCAUCGAGCUUUACGGCGAAUGUGAAAUUUCGAGAACAGGCAAUCGCGUUCGUCAGUGCGGGCACCAACGCUCCUCCCACCCAAUUGCGGCACACAACAGACGCCACUCCACCACCGCCUUACACCUCCAACGACGACGAUGAAGAUGAAGAGAUGGAUGAUCUGAGUGACGUGGCUGAGGACAACAUUGAGAUCAACAUUGUCACAAGUACCACGAUUGAAGAGUCGGAGGACCGAAUGGCAGACUUGAACAUACACAACGCCACAGAAGAGAUGGAAGUGGAUGAGGCACCCACGGAACCGAUGUUCGUCGUUGACACAGUGGGUGAUUCGUCACUCGAGAGCAAGAUGGCGAACAGCAAGCGUGCAGCCCGUCGUGCACCCUCUCCCAUACCAUCCGAUUCGGACGACGAGGUUGUGGUUUUCUCCGGUCGGAACAAACGUGCCGUGAUCAUCGACGAUGCUCCCAUAGCAGUCGCUUCACCGGCACCAGGAAAGACUCCAGCAUCCGCGAGGACGCCAGCACUACCAGUGGCACCGACAAAUGUAAAGGCUACAGCACCACAGCCGCCCGUUGAAGAAGCACCUCACAUGACAGACGACCUGCUUCGCGCUCUGGCUGGAGGAACUGAGCCCAUCAAGUCCACGAAGGAGGCUCCAACGUACAUGGGCUGGGCGAGUCAGCCUUCAGUCCACGAUCAGACCGUUCGACCUGCAGAUGAGUGGACGCCAGCUCCAGACGUGCCGUACUGGCGGAAGCAUAACAAGAAGCCUCGUCCAGAUCUCGGCCCGUCCGAGUCGGAAAUCAAGGCAUUUAAAGAAGCGCCGCAGAAAGACUCGAAGGUUCGAUUUGUGCAGGCGGACAAUUCUGAGACUUCCAAAGCUACCGCGGACGACGUAGCUACGGCAAAGGCGGAUUGGAAAUCUACACUGAAGGAGAAGAAGGCAGCGAAGGGCACGGCCUCCAUGCGCGAACGUCUUCCCCACCUCGUGGUGGUCGGUCAACAAGCGGACGUCUCCUCGGUGAGCACGGUAGAUCCAUAUGCUGCAGAGAUCAGUGUCAAGGACGCUGGCCCGAGCAGGAGGGCCGGCAAGAAGGGUCGCAAGAAGAGUAAUCGCGCGAUGAGAAAGGCUAUCGACUCCGAUGACAAUGACACCGACGGCGAAGCUGCAUAUGACGAUUACAUGGAGAACCUUGCCGCGGGUCUUGAUGAUGACGAUGUUGGCAACGGGAGCGAGGUGGAGAUCUCUGCAUUCGAAGCGCGGUCAGUUGGUCUUGGACCUUCGAUGGUCGUCAAUGGAAAGGCGAUUGCCGAUGAUGAAGUGCUGCCAAAGUACAUGAGGAGCGAGGGUGAAGACCACGAAUCAGAUUGGGAAAGUGACAGCAGUGAUGCGCUCAAUCCGGACUCUGACGAGCUCUCCUCGGAAGAGGAUCUGAACGCAUCUGAUUUGGAAGACGAGCUGGAGUACACCGAGAAGCAGAUGUGGGAGGACGAACUAGACAUCCGUCAACGCCGGAUCGAGCGCAUGACAGAUGAGCAGAUCGCUCGACUGUUUGCAAAGCAAGAAGAGCUCGGCAUGACCGGUGACGAGCUUCUGAUUGAUGACGGAGCAUUCACUUACACAUCUGACGAAGGCUUCGGCGACAUCACCGCAGCACGUGCAGGUCUUUCAGAGAUCACCAACUCCGCGUUUGGAAAACGCAGCGCGCGGCGCAGUGGAGGUGACAAGAAGUUCAACUUUCCCAACGCGACCGCUCUUGCAGACACCGUGGAGCAAUACGGCGAAAACGGUUUCGAUAUCAUGGACAUGGAACGUCCAUCGCUGCGACCCACCAAGAAGGGCCGGAAGGGCAAGCUCCCAGACGUUCUCGACACCAUUUCCGACGAUGAGUUGAAGGCCAACCUCAACGACGCCUGGCAGAAGGACCGCUUCAAGAAGAGCCAGCAGAAGCUCGAGCGCGAAGAGCUCCGUCGUGAAGGCCUACUUGGCUCAGCCGGCCGCAAAGGCAAGCCCGAUCUGAACGCUAAGUACCCGCUCGGCAUGACUAUGCGGCAGGUUGCCGACGAACUUCGCGACUUCCUCCAGAACGACUCGAUGAUGACGCGGUCGUUCCCGUCCAUGGCUAAGAGCGACAGGGCGGCUCUUCACACGAUCGCUACCGCUUUCAACCUGAACUCCAAGUCUCAGGGCAGCGGCAAGAAUAGGUUUCCGAUUCUGGCGAAAACCGCUCGUACCCAGCCGUAUUCUCCUGACGUCUUCGAACGCGUCAUGGCUGUGUCGGAGAAGGGCUUCCUCACCAACGGCAAGGCGAAGAAGCUGGCCAAGGGCGGAGCUGUUCCGGGCGGGCCAGGUGGUAGAGGCAAGGGAGGCUUCAGCAAGUCCGCUGUUGGUGUUCGCAAUGGCGAGAUUGUGGGUGCCGGUGCUGCGGAGAUCGGGCAGGAGAGCAUGGGACAUCGGUUGAUGCUGAAGAUGGGUUGGAGUAAGGGCAUGGGUCUGGGCAAGGACGGUGAGGGUUCGCAGGCGCCGAUCGAGCAGAAGAUUCGCCUGGGUACUGCCGGUCUCGGCUAG